CAAUACGAUGUCGAGAAACGUGGAAAUCAAGGCAAAAGUUCAAAAUCUCGAUGAGACGGUUCGCCGCGCCGUGGAAAUUUCCGGAAAACAGCCGACUAUCUUGAAGCAGCAUGACAUCUUUUACGAGUCACCGAAUGGCCGCCUGAAGAUGAGAAGCGUUGAGGAGAACGGAGUGGCCCACACAGAGCUUAUUUGGUACGAUAGAUCUGACGUGGCUGGCCCGAAGCUCAGUAAUUUCAACAAAUUCGACGUUCCAUCUGAAGUUCUUGAUGCUCUGAAGCUCUCCCUCCAAUCCUCAAUGGGAGUCAAAGGAGAGGUGAAAAAGACGAGAACUCUGGUGCUCCACGGUCAAACACGAAUUCAUAUUGAUCGCGUCGAUGGGCUCGGUGAUUUUAUGGAGUUGGAAGUGUGCCUGUCGCCUGAAGAGACUCCAGAGCACGGAGAGAAGAUAGCUCAUGAGAUUCGGGAGCUGCUCGCCGUGCCAGAGACCGAUUUGCUCACUGGUGCCUAUAUGGAUAUGUUGAAGGCUUGAAGGCUUCAAUUAUUUGUUAAAUUUGAAUUUUUUUUUUUUUCAAUAGCUCUCGGUUAUAUGUUGUUAUUGCGGAUACAUAAAAGUUUAUGCAUCAG